AAACGCUUGUCUCUCUGUAGUUGCCUACUGAAUGUGUGACAGCUCUGCCCUCCACCUUGUUUCCACAUAACUCUGACUCGGUCAAACUAAUGCAUUUUUUAAAUCAGCAUUUAGAGCCUCAUGCAGCAUCUUCACAGAGAAACCACAAUCUCUGCCAGGAAUGACACUGAACCUGAGGCUGAACAAAAAGCACUUGUUUCUAGUACUUGUUCUUAGCAGCAUCUUUGUGAGCUUGCAGAAGAUGGCUCAUUUUCAGCUUAUGGGCAGUGGAAAGAAAACCAGCGUUACCAUUCUGUUGUGGUACUGGCCUUUCCGCAUUCCCUACAGCCUGGAGGACGACAUAUGCCUGAAGAAUUACAGCAUCUCUGGUUGUCACCUGGUGGAUAAUCGCACACACUAUUUCGCUGCGGACAUUGUCGUCUUCCAUCAACAUGAGCUGAAGAUUGGCAGCCAGAAGCUUCCGCGCCGUCUCCCUCGACCAGUUCACCAGAGAUGGCUGUGGCUGUCUCUGGAAGCGCCACAAAACAGCGGGAAUUUAAGCCAAUACGCUGGGAUCUUCAACUUGACCAUGUCAUAUCAUCCUGGUGCGGAUAUUACAGUACCAUAUGGGAAGAUCAAAGAGAAAGAUGGUGAGACUGAUGAUUUUGUAAUGCCUAAGGAAAAGACCCAUCUGGUGUGUUGGGUGAUCAGUAACUACAAGAAUCAUCACAAGAGAACUAGAGUGUACCAAGAGCUUAGUAAGUUUAUCCCUGUGCAGAUGUACGGCCGCGCUGUGAGAAAGCCAGUGAAUCAAGGUGCGUUGCUACCCACGAUUUCCCGUUGCUAUUUUUACCUUGCUUUUGAGAACACAGAGUCUCCGUACUAUAUCACGGAGAAGCUGUGGCGAAACGCAUACAUGGCUGGCACAGUGCCUGUAGUACUGGGUCCUCCACGAAGCCACUAUGAGGCUGUCGCACCACCACAUUCGUUCAUCCACGUGGAUGACUUUGACUCCAUAGCCACCCUGGCCAGAUUCCUAAAAGAACUAGCUGGAGAUGCAAAACUCUACAAGUCUUACUUCUCCUGGCAUGAAAACUACACUAUCAAACUAUAUGUAGAUUGGAGAGAGAGGCUUUGUAACAUCUGUCAGGUUUAUGACAAACUUCCUUACCAUAAAAUACACCAGAAAUUAGGGUUAUGACAAAGAGGGUGAUUAAGGUGCCUCCAUCUUAUCCAUAUACUAUUCAUGUUAUCGCAGAUUCAGGGAAAAAAUGUAAAAUAUAGUAGUAAAUGUCUUGCAUCGCCAUUCACGGUUUAAGAAUAAAUACUUCUGCAGAAGUGCAAGAGGAAUUUCUGUAGCAACUGAAACCACAAGCCCCGUUUCCUCUUUUUUUUUCUUUUUAAAAUCAUGCUAAUACCUAGGAAAGGUCUGUACAGGAUGUGGCAGUCAAACCAACCUCACCAAAUGAAACAGGCCCCAUUUGUUUCUACCUAGUGACGAACGAAAUCACAUCAGUACCAGGUUCUUUCAAGCAUUCUCAAUAUUAAGUUUAAUUUGAUCCAGAAAUGCACAACCCCCCCACACUACUAUCUUCAGCCAGUCAUAAACACUUGCUUCUUUAAAAUCAUCAUUUAUACACUCUAAAAAGGUUGUAAUACUUAAAGCAUUUUUCUUCUAAGUACAGCACAAGACCUGAACUGUCAAAGGAAUUGUUUUAAUUGCUAACACUCCAAGUGAGGAAAUGUACUUGUCAAUUUUCAGGAAAGAAAUUCAUCACUGCAACUGGUCAAUAAAUUAUCAAAUUUCACAUCAUUUACAGGGUUGUAUACAAGAGUAUUCAUCAAGAUGUGAUAGGCGAAUAAGGCACAUAUGUCAAUAAAACAUUCAAAACACAAACAGUUCAACAUGUGCAAGGCUAAGUUACAAAAUACAGCCUUGAGGAAGCAGUGUUUAAUGCCCUUUCAAAGGCCAGCUUCAUUUUUACAUACCAAAUCUGUUACUUAUCCAUGUGUGUCAAUCCAAACAAAAGGAUCCAGAAUAAAAACAAACAAAACCUUUGACAAAUGUCUUAUCUUCUUACCCAUGAAAUCACAAAAAAAAAAAAAACAGUUAAAAGUUCAUCUAAAAAAUAGAAA